GAGGUGAAGGGUGCGUCCUCCUGCGUGCCCGAAGCCCCGGCGCGCGGGGCCGAAGGGAGGAGCGCGGCGACGGCGGCCGUGGGGCGGCAGCGGCGGUCAGGCCGGAGAUGGCGGCGCGGUGGAGCAGCGAGAAUGUGGUGGUGGAGUUUAGGGAUUCCCAGGCAACUGCAAUGUCUGUAGAUUGUCUUGGGCAGCAUGCAGUACUUUCUGGCCGCCGAUUCCUGUACAUUGUGAAUCUGGAUGCCCCAUCCGAAGGUCACCGCAAGAUCUCUCGUCAGAGCAAAUGGGACAUUGGGGCUGUGCAGUGGAAUCCACAUGACAACUACGCACACUACUUUGCGGCUUCGAGCAACCAGCGGGUCGAUCUUUACAAGUGGAAAGAUGGCAGUGGGGAAGUUGGUACAGCAUUGCAGGGGCAUACCAGGGUGAUCAGUGACUUGGAUUGGGCUGUGUUCGAGCCAGACUUGCUGGUUACCAGUUCUGUGGACACCUACAUCUACAUUUGGGAUAUCAAAGACACAAGGAAACCUACUGUUGCACUGUCUGCUGUAGCGGGCGCCUCACAGGUGAAAUGGAACAAGAAGAAUGCUCACUGUCUUGCCACCAGUCAUGAUGGGGAUGUUCGGAUAUGGGACAAGCGGAAACCUAGCACUGCAGUGGAAUAUCUUGCUGCCCACCUGUCUAAAAUUCAUGGGCUGGACUGGCACCCGGACAGUGAACACAUCUUAGCCACCUCAAGCCAGGACAACUCUGUCAAGUUCUGGGAUUACCGCCAGCCUCGGAAAUACCUCAAUAUCCUCCCUUGCCAGGUGCCUGUCUGGAAGGCCAGAUACACUCCUUUCAGCAAUGGGUUAGUGACUGUGAUGGUUCCCCAACUUCGGAGAGAAAAUAGCCUCCUUCUCUGGAACGUUUUUGACUUGAACACCCCAGUGCACACUUUUGUGGGGCACGAUGACGUGGUGCUGGAGUUUCAAUGGAGGAAACAGAAAGAAGGCUCCAAGGAUUACCAGCUGGUCACCUGGUCCCGGGAUCAAACCCUUCGGAUGUGGCGCGUGGAUUCGCAGCUGCAGAGGCUCUGUGCAAAUGAUAUCCUGGAUGGUGUUGAUGAGUUCAUUGAGAGUAUUUCUCUUCUCCCAGAGCCAGAGAAGACCCUCCACACCCAAGAUUCAGACCAUCAGCCUAGCUCAGGCCAUGGGGAGGAGGAAGCUUCAAAGGAAGACUCCCCAAACAACCUCCUGAUGGGGAAGAAAUCGGAGCAGUUGGGAUUACCCCAGACGCUACAACAAGAGUUCUCCCUGAUCAAUGUGCAAAUCCGGAAUGUUAAUGUUGAGAUGGAUGCUGUAAAUAGAAGUUGCACAGUAUCUGUUCACUGCAGUAGCCAUCGAGUCAAAAUGCUAGUGAAGUUCCCGGCACAGUACCCGAAUAAUGCUGCUCCUUCCUUCCAGUUUAUUAACCCUACAACUAUUACAUCCACCAUGAAAGCAAAACUCCUGAAGAUUCUGAAAGACACCUCCCUGCAGAAAGUGAAGCGGAACCAGAGUUGUUUGGAGCCCUGCUUGCGCCAGCUCGUCUCCUGCCUCGAAUCCUUCGUGAACCAAGAGGACAGCACAUCCAGCAAUCCCUACGCUCUCCCAAACGCCGUCACUCCAGCCUUGCCCACCUUUGCCCGGGGGACCAGCGCCUAUGGAUCCUACCAGGAUGCCAACAUCCCCUUUCCUCGGACCUCAGGAGCCAGGUUCUGUGGGGCAGGUUACCUGGUGUAUUUCACAAGACCCAUGACAAUGCAUCGAGCAGUUUCUCCGACAGAACCUACUCCUAGGUCUCUGUCAGCCUUGUCUGCCUAUCAUAGUGGUUUGAUCACACCAAUGAAAAUCCGCACAGAAGCCCCUGGUAACCUACGCUUGUACAGUGGGAGCCCCACUCGCAGUGAGAAGGAGCAAGUCUCUAUCAGCUCCUUCUACUAUAAGGAACGGAUGUCUCCUCGCUCUGCCCGGCGACGUUGGUCCAUACAAGCAAUUAACGACUUCCCGAAAUCACGGAGAUGGAAGAGCAAACGGGAGGGUACAGACUCUGGCAACCGCCCAAUCAAAGCAGCUGGAAAAGUCAUAAUCCAGGAUAUUGCCUGCUUACUUCCUGUCCACAAAUCACUAGGAGAACUCUACAUACUGAAUAUCCAUGACAUUCAGGAGACCUGCCAGAAGAAUGCUGCCUCUGCCUCGCUUGUGGGGCGCAAGGAUCUAGUGCAGGUUUGGUCUCUGGCUACGGUAGCUACCGACCUUUGCCUUGGUCCAAAGUCUGAUCCAGAUUUGGAGACACCAUGGGCCCGACAUCCAUUUGGGCGGCAACUGUUGGAGUCCCUGCUGGCCCAUUAUUGUCAACUCCGGGAUGUCCAGACACUGGCCAUGCUUUGCAGUGUGUUUGAAGCACAGUCCAGGCCACAGGGAAUACUGAACCCCUUUGGACCCUUUCCUAAUCGUCCCUCCAACCUCGUGUCCCACAGCCGAUAUCCUAGCUUUACUUCCUCUGGUUCUUGCUCAAGUAUGUCAGACCCGGGACUCAACACGGGUGGAUGGAAUAUAGUGGGUAGGGAAACAGAGCAUGCAUCUUCACCCUGGGGAGAGUCCUCACCCGAUGAAUUGCGCUAUGGGAGUUUGACCUACAGUGACCCUCGUGAGCGAGAACGAGACCAGCAUGACAAGAAUAAAAGGCUCUUGGAUCCUGCCAACACUCAGCAGUUUGAUGAUUUUAAGAAAUGUUAUGGAGAAAUCCUUUAUCGUUGGGGUCUGAGAGAGAAACGAGCUGAAGUUUUAAAGUUUGUGUCCUGCCCUCCUGAUCCUCAUAAGGGAAUUGAGUUUGGUGUGUACUGCAGUCACUGCCGGAGUGAGGUCCGUGGAACUCAGUGUGCCAUCUGCAAGGGCUUCACGUUCCAGUGCGCCAUCUGCCAUGUGGCGGUGAGAGGCUCCUCCAACUUCUGCCUGACCUGUGGUCAUGGCGGGCACACCAGCCACAUGAUGGAGUGGUUUCGCACCCAGGAGGUGUGUCCCACUGGGUGUGGGUGCCACUGCCUGCUGGAGAGUACGUUCUGAAAUCCCAGGCUGUAGACCCUGUGUGGAGAACCCCACAGAAGCCAUGGCUGGAAUCACUGCACCUCCUUGGAAGGGAGACUCCCAUUCACCUAACUCAUUUCUGACCUGGCCGCUUUUUCUUCGAUUCCUUCGCAGUUUGUCCACUGCUGGCAGUGGUCACCACUCGGAGGAAGUUGAGUCAGAGCAGUGCUUGGUGUGUUCUCGGCCUCAGGGGAGCCAGCACGUUGGACAUUGUCUUGGAGAAGAGUCCUUGCUUGCUUAAAGGACGUGGGCUUACUUUGGGGUUAGUGUCAUUUUUGAUGCCGAGCAGGACCAGAACAAAGAAGAGACCAAAGCCAGAUGCAAAGGACAAUCUUCUCAGCCAGCUGGCCAUAACUCUUCAUUGAAUUGAAAAGCAGUAGUUUUGGAAACUUGAUUGUACAUUUAAUGAGCUGAUGGGCAGUGGCCUUUAAAGCUAUGACUUUAAAUUAUGAAUAUAUGAUGUACUUAGGGAUUUUUAAGAUGGUUUUUAUUUUUGAGCUGCUAUUUCUUGGCCAGUAAGAUUCUGGUAAUUGUGUGAGACAAAGAAUUAAACAACAUUUUAAUGGAGCAUGUACGAUUUUCCUACUUGUUGUUAACUACAGUUGCUAUAAAAGAUCAAACUAAAUGCUUAGGCUGUGUGAGAGAAAAUGCCAGUUUGCUUCUGUGGAAUCUGACCUCAGAAAAUCAUUUCAUUUAGUAAAUGGAAGAUGGAAGAAUGUUACCAAGCCAAUAGAGAAAUAGCCUGGUCCUUCUGUGGCUGAAGAUGGAGAUGGUGUGAUUGCAACGGGAGCAGUUAUCUUCUCCAUCUUUCUGUUGGUGUCAUUUGUUGUGAACUUUGUUCAAGGUGACAUCCCAGGUGGAUGUGACAAAGGUGCUGGCCUGUUCUCCUAAAUGCUUUCUUCCCUCUUGUCCUUCCCCCGUAACUCUGCCUAAGUAGGCCUGGGAAGUAGGACCUUAUUUAGCAAAUAUUUCUGUGGAGAAAAUUCACUUCUUUGCAGUCAGUCAAGCAAAACCUGAAAGUUUACAGCUCCAAGUAGAUGUUGGCUUAAUUAAUAUGAAUACAGUUCCAUGGCUUGAAACAUUUAUAAAUGAUCUCAAGCCUCAGUGACCUUGCUUUGGACUAACUGUGCCUUAAAGAAACAAGUUCCAGUCUUUGUCACAGCUUGAAGACUGGCUUUUUAAAAACAGGAUUCCAAACAAAGCCAAGUUGCUAGUGUGCCUGCAUCCUCCCAGACGAUUGGCCUCCCCAGCGGGGAACAUAAAAAAGUUGGCAGAGCUGGGAGCACUGGGGAUGCCAGGAAGUCAGAAAGACCAGGAGUUCCUUUCAAAUGUGCUUUUCUCUUGUCUGUGGCAUUUUAUCAUCGGCAGUAAUAAAUGAGAGCCUCUUGUAGCUGAACCCAGAAUGUGGUGGCUCUGAAAUUUGCACAGAGGACAAAGGAUCCAUCACAUUUCCUAAUGGGAUCUCAAGUUGCACAGAGGAAAAAACACUUCCCUGCCUCCACGUUGCUUAGUCUGAUGUGAAAGUUUGUCUCUCUCUGUUCCUAUCAAGAAUCAGAUGUAUUUUUUGUGUUUACAAGUAUGUUGUUAUGUAAAAGUCCUUCCUUCUGAAGUUUUUAAAAAAAAAAACAAAAAUCCAAAUCAAGUGUUAUUAAAGUCUUAUGAGUCUGUUCUAAUCGUGUGUUAAGGAAUUUAAAGUUAAAAGAAAUAAUUCUCUCUUC